AGAAGGUCAGCUCUUAUGAUUUAUAUACUAUGUUUUUUUGAUAUUUUUCUCAAAAAAAGAAACGUUAUAAUAUGUAAAAUUACAAAAAUAAAGUCUUUCACAAAUGAAUCGAACCAUUAUAAGGUGAAAAGUAUAUAAGGUGAAUUUUAGUCGGACCUAUCGCCUGUUUGCUUUAAAUGAAGAAAUUAUAUGAUUUGUUUUUUAAACCAUAUUUAAUAAUGUAAAUAUUCGUUAAUAAAAUUGUCACAUCUACAAAUAAUGUAGGGUUCAUACCUAAAAAUGACGUCAGAUGUAACCUUAUUGGACCUCAGAAUUUCACAAGCAGAGGACCGAGAAGCAUAUAAUUAAAAAAAAAUAUGAGUGAAAACCGGAAGGACGAUUCACAGCAAGGGGCUGGAUUAAUUCCACUUGGCUCCAACCAGGAGACUGCCGAAGUUGCAGCUGAGCCGGAAACUCCGUCCGAGUACUCGGAGAAUGGCUCGGACGCUUCUGUAGAUGUCGGAUGCUCCAUGUGUGAAAUUUGCGGUGCUCAUAUCGCCGAAUCAUUGGAAUUGGGCCAUUUGCGCAAUCGCAGCGAUCACCUAUUAUUGCCCAAUGAGCCUUCUGAUCAUCAGCAGUCUACGCCUUCUGUUGAGGUCAACAUCAACAUCAGCAUAUCUGUGUCGCCAGCCCGUGGAGCACCAAUUACAAUAGGAACUGCUGGUGGUCAGUUGACCGUUAGUCAAACACCCAUUUCUUGCAGCGUGUUCAAUGGCCAUUCAACCAACGUCUGUGUUCAGAUUCAGCCCAGUGGUUUUGCUGCUGAUCCAGAACAUUCAACCAGCUCCAAUGAGCUCGUUUGCUCAGAAAGUCUACUGCGUUGUCCCAUUUGCCUCCGCUCGGCGAACAAUCCGCGGGCCACCAGUUGUGGCCACGUCUUUUGCGCCUCGUGUCUGCAUCGCGCCCUUGGCAUCCGUUCCAUUUGCCCCGUUUGCGGUGUGCCCCAGGAAUACCGCAAUUCCCUACAAAUCUUUCCAUGAAUCUUUUGUUAUAUAGAUUUAUUGUGAAUAAACUUGGAAACCCUAGGGAUUUCUAGAUAUGGCUUUGAGUAUGGCUUUGAGUA